UAGAACUGAAUGGGUUUGUCGACCAGUUUACUGAAAAUGAUGAUGUUACUUUUGCUAUAAAAAAUUACUUUCAAAGAGAAAAAGUUAUAACUAAUGAGGAAUUGGAUCUUACUGUUAUUGAAAUACAGUUUUCUAGUCCUAUGGAAUGUGAAACACUGCAGGAGAAAGUAACUUCUAUCAUGGGAAAGUUAACAAGUGACAUUACACAGUUCCUCCCAGAUCAGUGUAACAAUUUGUGCAAGAUAUAUUGUGUACAGAUAGAACUGGGAGAUAUAGUACUAAAAAAGGAAUCACUGAUUGCUGUGACAACUUUAAUAAAAUAUAACAGACUGGUAUUUUCUAUGUGUCAAGUAAAUUACAUAUUAAGCUGCCUUCAAGCAAUGAUAACAUUUUGUUGUACCAUAGAGGAUCCAGUUCCAAUAGAGAUGGAGCUUGUUGAAGAAGCCACAUCUUCAUUUUUAGUUAUUAUGUCAGAAAAUGUAAAUGUGCUUUGUACAAAGUAUGUAUUAAAUACUUUUGCUCUGGGAAAAUUUCUCAACAAUUUAAUUGAAGUUGUAUUUAAACAGCGAUUUUUUAAAACAGAGGAAAAAUUUCAGUUAGCAGUAACUAACGCAAUAAUAGUUUUUAUGGAACAUGGAUACAAAAAUGGCUACUUUCUUUCUAGUGCUCUUUUGGAUACUUUUAAGAAAUCUUUGCUUCUACUUCUAACCACCUACGAAAACUCAAAGGUUAUUGUUCCAAUAGCUGUUUAUUUAAUAAUAUUGGAAAGAAAUGAUUCAGUGAAAACAAAUGAUGUAGAUAUUUAUAAUGAACAAUCAUCUUUUUUGUUUGAAAAUAUGGGAAAAGUUUCAAAAUUCUGGUCAUUUUUAUAUGAAGCUUUUAUGAAAUACAUCUCUUCUGACUCAUCAUGUUCUGGGAAAAGCAUCAAUAUGAAAAUGGUAUAUUCUUGUUUACAAAUCUUGAUGCAAAGUUUUUGUGAAACUGUGAAUUAUGGUAAAUCUAUAAUCAACAAAGAAGCUUUUCUUUCUAAUGAGAUGCAAACUGUAUCAGAUGAAAAUAUUUUAAAAUUGAUAAGUAUUGUGACUAACCAUAUAAAGAUGAUCAUUAAACAUGAGUUUUCAGUAGUUCAGUAUGAAAAUAUCAUUAAAGUUCUUCAGUUAUUUUUGGCUGUUCAAGGAGUGUGUUGUUUAACAAGUCAGCAGUAUAUGGUGGUUUGCAAUGUAGUGUCAAUUCCUUGGCUGUUGGAUUGGGAAAAGGAAGAUCUUUUUGAUCUUUCAUGUGAGUUUUUACCAGUGAAAGAGCUCAAGCAACUUGGAAUUUCUCUAAAUACCUCAGUUGGCAUUCAGUGCCUUCAGACACUUGCUCUUCUUCCAAAAAGAAUAUGCCAGAAGUGGAAAUACCAGAUUCUAAUGUAUUUUUUGCAUAGCUCAGAAAGUAUGCUUAAAAUUGCAGCAAUUCAAGUACUGCCCACAUUUUUGUACAACUGUACUUUAUCUAUUCAAAAUCUGUUAGAUAUCAGAGAGUGCCUUUUAAGUUCACAAAGUAUUAAUAUUUUGAAAGAAAUAUCAAGAGUAUUUGGGAAACUUAAUUGUGUUUGCAGCUGCUCUUGUUCAUUGUUCAGAAAGUGCUUAUCUGAGGGUUUAUUAGGAUUAAUACCACAAGUUCUGUGCAUAAAAUGCGAAAACAAAGAUUCACGGAUGAAUUCUGACUUUGUAUGCUCAGACUGGCUUGCAGAUUUGUUGGUGUAUCUACUUAAACACCCAUCUGAAUCUGUUAGAAGAGAAUGUGUAGCAAAUAUGUUACCAUAUUUUGUUCAUAAUAAAAUUUGUGAAAGCAUGCUUCUGGUUCUUAUGAGGUUACUAAUAGACCCAGACCCUGUAGUUAGAAGAAAAUUCAGUGAAAUUAUUGGCUCUAUAUUAAGAUUACAAUUUGAAAAAGAAAGAAAUGUCAAAAUCUUAGAGAAAUUAGAUGAGAUUUUAAUUACAAGUUUAAAGUCAGCUCUUCUUACAUCAAAGGACAGUGGAAACAUAGAUUUUCAAAAAACUGUGAUAUUUAGCAUUGGAGAACUUGGAAAAGUAGCUGAUGAUGGAUUACUUCUGAUUUCUGUCAUAAGUCUUCUGGAAGCUUACAUGACUUCAAUUCCAUCUGCUAAAGUCGUUGCAUUUUCAAAACUGAAGGAAAUUGCUGAUUCAAAGUAUUUAAAGAUGUCAGAUUUGUUUAAAGCAUAUAAGGAUCCAGUCUGUAAGUUUUUAGCUGAAUUUAUGUUCACAAGAAAUCUGCAGAGUGUUUCUGAGGCCAUAAUUAUCUUUGAAGAGAUAAGAACUGUCUUUGGUUAUAAUGAUCUUAAACUCUUCAUAAAUCAUAUUCAGCGUACCAUUCUUCCUUAUGUUGUAUGUAGAGAAACUGGAUUUUCAUUGAUAUUAUUAUCAUCACUGUCAGUAAUCUUACAUGUUGAAAAAGGUGAACUUCUAAUUAAUAACUUUCCUUUUAUCUUUUCACACUUUGUGCGCCAUUGCAGUAAAGCUGAAUUAGAGAAAGCACUUCUCUUUAUUCAGAGGGAAACUAAUUUAGAACUAGGCAGUUUACUAAGAUGCAAUUAUCAACCUAUACAUAAUGAACUGCUAUUACAUCUUAGCACACACUAUGAACAGGUUUUCAGUGGUUUGGCUAUAUUAGCUCUUAAAAGUGGAGAUACUGGUGGAACAAAUUCUGUGAUUGUACAUACUGAAGAUAUGGCCAAUUAUCUUCAACCCAAACUUUUAGGCUUUUUAGUAUUUUUUGAUGCUCAGAUGUUGAAAAGUUCUAUGGAUGAUAAAAAAUUGGCACUUGAGAGUUUAGUAUCUGUAAUGGAACUAAUGGGCCCUCGUGCUGUCACAGCUGUUCGAUUUAAGCUCAUGGCGACUCUUCGUAUUGCUCUGCGUUUUAAACAUGAUGGCUUUCCCAAAAUAUGUUGCAAGGCAUGGAAUACCUUUGUUCACAGCAUUGAAAUUUCUUGUCUGGGACCUCUUCUAAACCAAAUUAUUGUUGCACUUCUCCCUCUCCUGGAAGUGGAACCAGUUGCUGUUUCAGAAAUUUUUCAUUUUCUCAUCAUAGAAAAAAGAUCGUAUCUGAGUGAGUUUUUCCAUGAUCUGUAUUUUGUACCUCAAACACCCGAAUUACAAGAAAUUAAUGCUGUUCUGAAGAACUAUAAUGAAAAUCCUUCUAGCAUUACUGAUUUUUAUUCUUUAUUGUGCCACUCUCUGAGAGGUAUCAGUCAUGAAAAUUUAGAAGUGCGACUGCAUGCACUGGAGCAGUUGAAACAAGUACUUCAUAUUAAUCAGACAGCCAUUCAUGAACAUCUUCUUGGAAGAGAAACUGUGGACAAUUUAUUGUCAAACCUCGUGGCAACUUUGAUUUCUGGUUGCCGAGAACCUGAUACAAGGAUUCGUACAGCAUUAGGUGAAUGCCUAGGAGAGCUUGGAGCAAUUGAUCCAGGAAGGCUUGAUAUGAAAAGUGCUAGCUCCAAAGAAACAGUUAAUUUUUAUGAAAGUAUUGACAAUGAAGAUUUUGCUUUUGCCUUAAUACAAGAAUUAGUGCAUUCUUUUCUGGCUGCUGAUGACUGUGGCAUUCAGGAUUGUUCAGCAUGUGCUAUUCAAGAAGUUUUACGCUACUACAAAUGUUCUAAUGAAAAAGGUUCUAGUGGAAAUCAUCUAUGGAAUAAGUUUCCACCUGACAUUCAAGAAAUUCUGGUUGUUUUAUUCCAUUCCCAAUACAAACCUUUAAUCAGAUCCAGGAAAAAAUUCCCUGUUCCUCUAUAUCAAAGCAAAAUGGGUAGCACAUUUAAGGACUGGACAAAAAAUUGGUUUUAUAGUCUCCUUCAAAAGGUGAAAAAAGACAAUCCUGUCAAACUGUUUAAUUCUUGUUCUGUUAUUAUCAAGUAUGAUCUAAACUGUACUCUAUUUUUGUUGCCUCGUCUUGUUAUCUAUGCUCUCUUGGAUUCAACUGAGAAUGAAAGUAAUGAAAUAUGCAAUGAAAUUUUGACAGUUUUGAGUCACAGUGAGCAAUCAUCUUCUAUGAAUGAUUUAUGCCACUUGAGUUCACAGAUAAUUUUUUCAGUUUUUGAUUAUUUAACCAAGUGGAUGCACAACAAGCAGCAAGAACUGAUGUCAAAUAAAAGGGCCAAAAUGUCUCAAGAUGCAAGUAUCAAUAUUGUGAAUAAUUUUUUAUCCAGAAUUCCACAAAUACUUUUAGCAAAAGCAUCUUUUUCUUGUGAAGCAUAUGCAAGAGCUCUUAUGCAUUUAGAGCAGCAUUUAAAAGAACAUUCAGAUGAAUUAAACAAUAAUAUUAGUUUCCUUCAGAAAAUUUAUUCUGCUUUGAAUGAACCAGACGGAGUUGCAGGAGUAGCUGCUAUAAGAAAAGAUGAGCCUAGUUUAAUGGACUUAAUACUAGAAAAUGAAGCAACUGGUGAUAUGCAAGCUGCUUUCGCUUGUUAUGAAAAAGCAAUUAAAUUAUAUCCUGAUGAAGCUACCUAUUAUCGAGGUCUUCUGAAAUGUUUCCUUGGCAUGGAUCAGCCAUCUACUGCAAUCUCAUAUGCAAAUGGUAUCUUAAAUGAUAGACCAGAAUGGAAUGAAAGUUUAAAUCAAUAUAGAGUUGAAGCAGCCUGGAAGUUAGCAAACUGGCAAAGUUUAGAGUCAUUUUUGCAAGAUGAAAGUAAUAAUUCUGAUUGGACAACUGGAGUUGGAAACAUUCUUUACCUUUCAAAUAAAAAGGACAUGAAAGGUUUUGAGUAUCAAGCAAAGUAUAUCAGAAGUAAUCAGAUGGCACCAUUAUCAGCUGCUUCUAUGGAAAAAGGAUCUUACAUAAGAGGUUAUGAACAUCUCGUAAGAAUGCAUAUGUUGACUGAUUUGCAGCAGAGUGUAAAAGCAAUAUUCAAUUUAAUUGAGCAUGAAAAUAGUUCAUCCAAGCAUGCUUUGCUUUUUGAUGAAAUUCUGCCAACUUUGAACUUGAGAAGAAAUCUUGUUCAGUCCUCACCAAAGUACCAGGAACCUAUUUAUGACUUGCAUCGAGUUCUUCUAAAGAUUGGAAAGGAGAAAAUGCCUGAAUUUUCAAAGAGAUUUGAUCAGGAAAUCGCUAAAUGUUGGUUACAAAGUGCCAGACUUUCAAGAAAGAAUGGUCUUCAGCAAAGAGCAUAUAGCUGUCUUUUAGAAGCUGGAUCUGCUAAUUCAGCUGACUUUUUUAUGGAAAAAUCCAAGUGGCUUUGGAGUAAGGUGAGUUUAACGUAGCUGACUGAG